CAGUCCGGGUGCUGCAAGCCACCGACGUCGUGCACAUACAGCGGGGGGGCGGCGAUGGGGGGGCAGGACGCGGACUGCUACCGAUGGAACAACGCGGCGAGCGUGCUGUGCUACUCGUGCGACUCGUGCAAGGCGGGGGUACUGGAACUGGUGAGGCGGGACUGGCACAAGCUCUCCGUCCUCAACGUCGUCGUCCUCGUCGUCCUCAUCCUCGUCUAUUCCACUGCCUACUGCGCCUUCCGCAACGCCCGCCGCGCCGAAUGGGGUUACCCCUACGGCGAGAACCACAUGUCCAAAAUCCGACCUCGCUGGGACUACUACUGGUGGAAGUGGUGGCGUGACAGAGGGGAACGGCUCUAUUAGUUCUUAGUUCUCCCUCCGUUUGAAGGCAGAUUGUGCCAUAAAGGUGGUGAGUUUCUUGAGGCUGUAGCUUUUGGCCGAAGCUCCACUGGAGGAUUUCGGAUCCGAUGAAGAUAGCUGAGAUGCGAAGGUAUACAUCCGGGUCCCGGGCAAGCAUCCUUCCAAUAUAUACAUAUAUACGAGCAUACAUGCCGAGAAGGGAUUUCAAUAUUUUUAUUAUGGGUAGAAAAGUCAGAGCUUUAUUGUAUGUAAUAUAUUGGAGGAGAGAUUUCAAUAUUGACAAGAGAAUGGAUGCUUGCUUUCAUGUAGAGGACAAAAUGAGCAGGAUUGUAGCUGUGUCAGCCUUUUUGAUAAAAUUCCAUUAGCAUCUUA